AUGGCAGACGAAGAGAAGGCAAAAGCUGAGAAGCUUGCUGCGGCGAAGAAGCGUGUCGAGGAAAUGAAGAAGAAGAAGCAAAAGAAAGUCGGCUCUAAGAAAGAAGAGAAGACAGACGAUGGAUCUGAACCAUCCAAAAACGAAUCUGCAGACACCACAGCAGAAGCAGUGCCUACCGUGGAAUCUACAGAAGAUGCCGUCGAGAGCAAGGAGCAAGACAGCACGGUUCCAGAAGCCAACCCCGAUGUCCCCCAAAGACAGCCGUCACUAUCCAUCCAGUCAAAAAUGCGAUCCUCGUCGUUCAGGCAAUCAACAGCUGGUCAACUAUCCCCUGGCUACGGGUUCUCUCCGGACGGCGAGACUGCUCCAGAGAUAUACCGGAAACAGGCUGCGCGGAUAGAGGAGCUGGAAAAGGAGAACAAGCGGUUGGCGAAGGAGGCUAGUGAUGGGGAGAGGCGGUUGAAGAAAGUAGAGGAGGAGCUCGAGGAUCUAAGGGAGGCGGAUGAUUCGACAGACAUAAAACCUACUCCUCCGUCUAAUCCAGGAUCAGAGGCAGAGUUGGAGAAACUGAGAUCAGAAAUAGCAGCCCUCCAACGCCAGAACACCCAUCUCCAAGCCCAAUCCUCCCGCACUACACGCCACGGCUCUUCCCCCUCGGUUUCUACCUCUAACCCCUCGAACUACGAAGCAGAACUCGCUUCGAAAUCCGCCACCAUUGAAACGAUGGAACUCGAGAUCUCCACCCUUCGCGCGCAAAUCGAGCGCGGGUCCUCUGAGACGGAACAAAUUAGCGCUCUGGAAGCCAAGUUACAGCGCAGCGAGCACUUAGCUGAUACUGCUCAGAGGGAAUUAGGUGAUCUGAAGAAGAAUCUGGAGAGAACGACGGAGAAGGCAGUCAAGGAGGGCAGUGAGCGGAUCUCAGCAGAGACGAAACUGCGCACUCUCGAGCGAGAAGCUGAGGAAUCGAGAGCGCUUAGCGAGGAACUGCAGAAGAAAGUAGAAGCGCUGGAGAAGAAAGCCACCACGCUAACCACAUUGCACAAGGAGCAAGACGCACGUUCACAAGCUCAGAAGAAGGAGAAGGAAAAGGCGGAGAAAGAAUCUUCGGACCUGCGUGCUCGGCUCGCCGGUAUCGAAAAUGAGAACAUGCGGUUAAGAGAGGAGAGGGAGAGGACGCGGAAGAGCCAUGCCCAAGGAAUCGACGAUGAAGGCGUCGACGAGCUAGAAAACGAAGAGCGCCAGCGUCUGGAGAAGAAAGUUCGGGAUCUCGAAGGCGAGGUCCACGAGCUGCGCCGGGGCGUGUGGCGUGAUCGCCGUAAGGAGUUGGAUGGCGGCGAGGAGAGCACGAGUCCGAUCACGAGGUUUACGGAUGUUGAUCUAGGCGGGCCAUCUGGUCAACGUCGCAGUAUUGCGGCUGGACAAGGCGGGAUAGGCAAUUUCUUGCAGACCGGGUUCAAUGCUAUCACUGGGGGUAACGGGACUGCAGGCGGUGCUGGGGGAGAGGGAUUGCUGGAUGACGAUGACGAUUUGGAGUUUGACGAGGAGGCAUUUCGAGUUGCGCAGGAGGAAGAGGUGAAGAAGAGGAUUGAGCGGAUCAAGGAAGUCAAGCGGGGGCUGAAGAACUGGGAGGCAUGGAGGCUGGAUCUGGUAGAGAAUCGGAGGGGCGGUGGGGAUGGGAUUGGAGAGAUAUUUGAGGUUUAA